AUGGAGGGCCCCGAGUCGCCGCCUUCCAAGGGCCCUCUUCCCCAGCCCUCGUCCGCCUCCGGCACCCUCCCUGCCGCUCCAGACGACCCAAGGCCGACGCCGCAUGCGGACGAUAUACACAGUCAUCCGAACUCUGCCCUCGUAAACGCGGCUUCUGACCACCUCAACGCCCAGUUACCAUCCCUCGAUACCCAGGGCAUGACCAUACCUACUCACACCUUUCGAGCUCACAUUCGUACACCCACCGCUGCCGGACUCUCUCCUCUCCAGACCGACCUUCCUUCUGCAAACCCCCCAACCCAAGACUCACACAAGCAAGAUAACAUAGAAGGGGGAAACACAGGCUCAUCACCCCACCACUCUGUCACUGCGCCGGUCGCAGUGCAGGGCGGCUAUCUAAGAACGGCCCUAUCGGCAGCUAGCAUGACAGGGUCCUUAUCGCCUGCUUCCGCGCUUUCAUCGCCUGCGCUCAACGCCCUCACUGAUCUUACACCGUUGCCGUCUCCUCUGGUUGAAAAGGAUUCCGUAGGUUCAUGGGCGCGGGGCGGCGCAAUCAUGCGCCCUCGCUCCAGGGGAACGUCGAAUGCUUCCGCGAAGGACGACCCGUUCGCAAUGAUUGGAAGAGGAACUCUAUCGCCGUCACCAUCGUUGAAGAGGAAGGGAUAUCAGAGAUUACACACCCCUGCCGUCGAGGGAGCUGCCGCUAUCUUACACAAGGCUCAGGUGAAUGAAGCGCAUCGGGAGAAGAGUCGGAGUGUUAGUGAACUGGUUCCUGAUGUCCUGCACAAUGCCCGGCCCCGGCACGUCACGAUAUCGAGCGGAGCGCCCCAGCAGAUUGGGACGGAAACGGGCUUGGAAUCGCAUAUGCAUCGCGAGGCCUACCUUGCCGCACAGCGCGGGUUAGUAAGCUCGGGUCUCCCUACGCCUCCGGCAAGCAAUGCCAGCGUCAAAAGUGUCACGGAAAGCGAGAGCGAAGAUAUCGCGGACGAGGAUAAGAUCGAUUACCUCAUAGUCCGACAAGGAUCGCAGACGAAGUACUGGCGCCCGGUGCGGAAAUUAGGCCAAGGUACCUUCAGCAAAGUCUAUCUCGCAACCAGCCAGAAGCUACCAGCGAACGAUCGGCUCGACGAAUCCACCCUCGACCCCCGCAAACUCGUCGCUAUCAAAGUCGUCGAACACGGCCCCGCUGGCGGCGCCGAUGAAGAGCGUGUAGAACUAAGCCUCAAGCGAGAAGUCGAGAUGCUGCGCUCACUCUCACACCCCUCGCUCAUCCACCUCAAAGCCUUUGACCACGGUGACAAGCGAGCUCUCAUGGUAUUGAAGUAUUGCCCAGGCGGUGAUCUCUUCGACGUAGCCAGUUCGCAUGGGACCCAUCUCCGUCCCAAUAUUGUCCAGCGCAUAUUCGCCGAGCUCGUCAGCGCAGUACGCUAUCUCCACAACAAUCUAAUUGUCCACCGCGACAUCAAACUAGAAAACGCCCUUCUCAACAUCCCCGUCUCCCAACUCGCCCACCUCACUCGCCCUCUAUCACAUCCGUAUGCUCUCGUCACUCUCACCGACCUGGGUCUCUCCCGCCGCAUCCCCGCUCCCCCGGAGUCCCCUCUCCUAACCACCCGCUGCGGCUCCGAGGACUACGCCGCACCGGAAAUCCUGCUCGGCCAGGCGUACGAUGGCCGUGCGACAGAUGCAUGGGCCUUGGGCGUGCUCCUCUACGCCUUCAUGGAAGGGCGCCUACCGUUCGACCCGCCGCCGGGGAAGCCAGCGAGGAGUAGGGCGGCGCAUCGCAUCGCAAGGUGUGAUUGGGUGUGGUGCAAGUUUGGGGAUGUCGAUGGGGCGUGGGAUUCAGAGAGGGGUAAGGGGUGGGAGGGCGCGAGGGAGUGCGUCGAGGGUUUGCUGAAGAAGGUUUCUCGAGGGCGGAUGAGUUUGAAAGACGUCGAGGGGUUGGAGUGGGUUAGAAAGGGGAUUCAGGUCGAGGGCCGGUAUAGGAGGGUUGAUGAUGAUGAUGAUGAGAAGGAGGAAGAGGAGGAAGAGGAGAAGGAGGAGAAGGAGGUGGCGGAGGGUGAGAGGUAG